ACUCUAGUAGGAACCGAGGGGCCGCGGCAGCAUCCCGGCCGGUGGGCAAGUCUACCUGCCCGCCUUCGCCAGCAUCACGUGGGCUGAGCCUUCGUUGCCUCGGGCACCCUGGGGCCUGCCACCCGCUUCCCAGGCUGCCCACGUCGCCGCCUCGGCCCUUCUCGGGGGCAUGCCGUCCCCCCGGCCGCGUCCUGGGGGUGGACACCGGGCGCGGGGGAGGGUGGAGAUUCCCGGGAGGCCGGCGCUGUAGUCGAGCCUGCGAAGGGACAGGCCUCCCCGGAGAGACCGAUGGACUUGGGGGGCUGUCAGCGCCGGGCACGCCCUGGCGGCCGCGGGGCGGUGAGCGCCUCUGAUCGCGCGCUCCGAGGGUGGAAGCAACAGGCCCGCGCAGAUGGACAGGGGACGGGGAGGGCCGCCGCUCCGGAAUGCCGGCGGGAAGCCAGGCGUGUGUCCCUGCGGGCGGAGGCGGCCGGGGCUGCGCAUUCCUGCAAGGAAACUGUCCCCAGCUUCCUCCCACAAAGGUCCCCGAUGAGGGGCACACUGAACUCCCAUCUACUGGUGAGAAGGACCCUCCGGCCCGUCCGGCGCAACUACUACGACCCCGCCUCGGCGCCCGGAAAGGGCGUGGUGUGGGAGUGGGAGAACGACCACGGCUCCUGGACGCCCUACGACAUGGACGUGGGCAUCACCAUCCAACACGCCUUCGAGAAGCAGAGGCCCUGGAUCGACCUGAGCCCCAUCGGCUUCGGCUACGUCAUUGACUUCGGCACCAUGGGCCAGAUCAACCGGCAGACGCAGCGCCAGCGCCGCGUGCGCCGCCGCCUGGACCUGGUCUACCCGCUGGUAACGGGCGCCGCGGGCCGCGCCGCGUCCUGGCCGGCCGCCCCCUGGGCCGCCGCCGCCGCGGGGCCGCGCGCGCCACCCUGCUCCUGCCCGCAGUGCGUCCUGGUGAGGAGCGUCAAGGCCGCGGCGCCGCCGGCCCCCGCCGCCCGCAGGAGCGCCGCCCCACCCGUGGCCCUCAAGGGGCCACCCCCGGGCCCCGGGGCCACGCCGCUGGACAGCACGGGCGCAGGCCGGGGCCCCGGGAAGCCGGCCCCGUCGUCGCAGGCGAUCCGGAGACAAGUGUCCAGCGCGGCGGCAGGGGCGGCCCCCGCGGGCUGUCCUGCCAGCCCACCGGGGGCCAACGGCAAGGCCGGCCGGGUGGCCCUGGCGACCUUGAAUCGGACCAGCCUGCAGCGACUGGCCCUCGCCCAGUCCCGGGUGCUGAUCGCCUCUGGGGUCCCCACUGUCCCCGUGAAGAACCUGAGUGGGUCCAGCCCCGUCAACCCUGCGCUGGCAGGAAUCACUGGGAUCCUCAUGAGCGCAGCAGGGCUGCCUGUGUGUCUCACCCGGCCACCAAAGCUGGUCCUUCACCCACCCCCCGUCAGCAAGAGCGAAAUAAAAUCCAUCCCCGGGGUUUCCAACACAAGCCGCAAGACCACCAAGAAGCAAGCCAAGAAAGGGAAAACCCCAGAAGAAGUGCUGAAGAAGUAUCUGCAGAAAGUCCGGCAUCCGCCAGACGAGGACUGCACCAUCUGCAUGGAGCGCCUCACGGCCCCAUCCGGCUACAAAGGCCCCCAGCCCACGGUCAAGCCGGACCUGGUGGGCAAGCUGUCCCGGUGUGGCCACGUCUACCACGUCUAUUGCUUGGUGGCCAUGUACAACAAUGGCAACAAGGAUGGGAGUUUGCAGUGUCCAACCUGUAAGACCAUUUACGGGGUGAAGACAGGCACCCAGCCUCCAGGGAAGAUGGAGUACCACGUCAUUCCCCACUCCCUGCCUGGCCACCCGGACUGCAGAACCAUCCGGAUCAUCUACAGCAUCCCCCCCGGCAUCCAGGGGCCGGAACACCCAAAUCCUGGGAAAAGCUUCAGUGCCCGUGGCUUCCCUCGACAUUGUUACCUCCCGGACAGCGAGAAAGGGAGAAAGGUCCUGAAGCUGCUUCUCGUGGCCUGGGACCGCCGCCUCAUCUUUGCCAUCGGGACAUCCAGCACCACGGGUGAGUCAGACACUGUCAUCUGGAAUGAAGUCCAUCACAAGACAGAGUUCGGCUCUAACCUCACCGGCCACGGCUACCCAGACGCCAACUACCUGGAUAACGUGCUGGCCGAGCUGGCCGCCCAGGGCAUUUCCGAGGACAGCGCUGCCCAGGAGAAGGACUGAGCUGGGGGGGAUGGGGCUUCGGGGUGGCAGGGGUGUGGGAACCACAGGGCAGGAAGGAGGGAGAGUCAGGGUAGAAGUUGGUGCCGUGCCCUCCCAAGCCCCUUGUGCAGUCUCCAUCUCCCAUCCUUCCGGCCACAGUGGGGAGCCAGAUUGAAUAAGGGAGUGUCAUUCACAAACCUCAUCCAACACACAGGGGCCGCGGGACAGGGUGAGGGCCGCCCUCCAUCUGUUCCGGUGGAGUUUCGGUGCUGGGUAGGCAGGGACUCCUCCCCUCAUCGCCCCCCACCCCCCAGCAGGGGGCACGGUCAGCACACUUAGGGUAUGGGCACCUCUUACACUGGCCUUGUGAAGCCAGAGGCGCCCGCCUUGGCUGACUUCUCCCUGCUUCCACUCUGCUUGGAGAGCGGAGUUUCUACUUUUCUCUCAUCCCCUGGAGGUGAGGAGCUCUCACUGUGCAAGACUGAGGGGCAGAGGGGUGAACCGCUAAACCACUGCGACAUGGGCAACCGAUGCCUCGAUGUACAUCGAGGAAGUGCUUCUCACCAAGAGGGUCUGAGCAGCGAGGGCUUCCGGGAGCAUCUCAACUCCCAUCGCGGUCCUGGCUGCUCCCGCCUCCUGCUCACCCCUCUUCCCUGUCCAAAGAGGCAUCCGAUUCUCUUAUGCAGAUGGAGGGACUCUGGGAUUCCUCUCUGGGUCGCUAUGUCUCCCGCCCUUCUCUGAUCAGACCAGAGCCUACGUCCCACUUAGCAUCUGAAUUAGUCCUCAGGGAGAGGAGCCCAACUCUUCCAACUCAUCCCAGACCAGCUCAAAGAUUCCUUGUGAUUCAUCCAGUCACUGUGAGUGGAGCCCAGGCUGGGCUCCGUGCCAUCUGUGUGUGUGUGUGUGUGUGUGUGUGUGUGCAUGCGUGUGUGCACAGCGCUGGGCCAGGCUCUGCCGCUGGGCCAGGUUGGUGUAGGGUCCCUUCAUGAUCUCACACUCUGGUUCUGCAAGCUGUCGGACCCCAGUCUGAUGGGACUGAAACAGCCAGGCAGCAGUUCAUCGAUGUGCCUCACUGUCUGACAUCCGUCCCGUAGUCAACAUGAACCCAGACCGAGACAGAGCUGUGCUUGGGGUGGGGGGAGGUGUAGGGUGCGGGGUGGAUGGGCCCCUUUGUAUAUCUCUCUCAAGGUGGGAUCUGAGCCAGUCCACGAGGACCUCAGCGGGUCUCCAUGCACAUUGUCUAAUGAGCCUGGAGGGGGUGCAGGGACCCUUAUCUCCCUCUGCAAUGACAGGCUGGCCCAGUGCAUGAGGGAGCCUCCAGCCCUUUCCCAGCAGGGUUGGGACUACCUUGGGGUCCAGUCCAACCUGUGUCAGGGUUGUGGCCCAAGACCCUGCCUGUCCCCUCCCCCACAUUCCCUUCGGCUCCCAUGAAGGAGACAGUUGGGGGUCAGGGAGGAGAGACGGGGGGUGAAGAAGGGAACCCCAAUUCUGCCCCCUUUGAAAGUGGAUUGUCUGAACUCCGUGUUUGGGGGAAGUUGCUCUGGAUCCUGAUUCGAAUUUAUAUACCUCGUGUCUGGGGGUCUGACAUAUAUAUAUAUAUAUGGUUUUCGAUGCUGGAAAAAUGGAAAUGGAAAAGCCCUCAGACACGGUACUGAAGUUAGAAGCCCCAGCCAAGCUUUUCCAAGGGUUGGCUCUGAGUGUCCUGCUCUCAGGCCUGCAGGCAUUCUGACGGGGGGCGGCCAGUGGGUUCGCUCCUGGCGCACUGGUGCUGAGCUCAUCCUCCUCUUCCACGUGGCAGAAGACGUGAAAGUGUUAGUUGCCAAGUUGCCCUGGGGAUAUUAGUUAGCUCCAGCGAAGGGCGCUCUGGCAGGAGGCCUUCCAGCCUCACCCAUCGGUCAUUUAUUUCACCAGCAGACCAGGAGACUGGCCCCCAGCCCACCACACAACGGGGCAGUUUCCUGCCGCAGCCGGGAAGGAAACAUCCGAACUCAACGGGAGAGCCCUCCCUUAGCGUUCGAUGUCAGCCCAUGCCUGUUGCCGGACCACCCUGUGCCAAAGACGGGCCUCAUUGUAAGCCCGGCUACGCCCCCACCCUCCUUCGGCAUCCUUGUCCGGGAUCCUCUGGGCUCCUCACCCACAGGAACGCGGAAACAGAUCCAGAGUCGGCGGGUAGACAGAGCGGUGUGGCUAGAUGUGGGGAAAGAAGGGAGGCUGGUAACUAGCAGAGGGCCGGGUGGAGAGACUGAUUUCCCUGGAUCUGGAAGAAGAAGGUGCGGGUGGAGAAGGAGACGGGCCCAGGGCAGAGAGAAGAGGCUGCAGGGGAAAGGCAGGCAGGCGGUGCCCCUUUGAGAGUCGUCUUCACAUCUUCCAGCCUUCCCCUCAGGAUGCUGAUAGUACUGAUGUGUCUCUUCCCGAGAUGCUUGUAGGUCCCGAGAUGCUUGUAGGGGCUACCUCAUCUGCUGCUCUUCUAGUGGGACUUUCUGGGCAGAAGGAACCGUUCAUGUCCCUUCUAACACUGUGCCAGGCAAAGGGGGUGGGAAGGGCAUGCCUCUGCCCUCUCUCUCAUGCCAACCUGAAAAGGUACAGCCCUGGGUUGAGCGAGAACCCCCACCGGCAGAGGUCCUGUGCAUCCAUCACUCGGACGCAGGAAGUCUUCCCGCCGGAAGCCCUGCUGUGUUCCCUGCCCGGUGCAGGGAAUCCCACGCCUGUCCUCUCAUCGUCUUAGCACCAGCAGCCUCGUUUCUCCCCUCCUGAGUCUCCAGGGAGGACACGUGGGACUGGAGACAAACCCUGUUAGUGCUCAUCCCUUGAAAGGUGGAUCGUGUGUGUGUGUGUGUGUGUGUGUGUGUGUGUGUGUGUAGUUGCCUUUGUGUUUCCAUACCCUUUUGGGGAAGCCUGGACUUCUCUGUGGUUUCACGCCUGGUCCAAAGUGCUCGUCCUGGUGUUGUGGGCAUGAGAUGGUUGGGGGGAGGUCCUGUGUAGUACAAGGAAGGGCCCUGUCCUCUUUUCCUGGUCUGUGUUCCCUGGCAUUGAUGGUGGGGCGGGGGGCGGGGGGUUGGUGGUUCUGGGGAGAGCGGGUGACUGUUCUGUUGUAAAUCACUGUAACUGGUGUGUUUUGAAGUCCUUGGUGUUGCUCUGUGAGUGGAUAUCGCCACCUGGUGCUCAUGAGGUUUACGUGCGGAACAAUAAACGGCAAACAACAACC